CAGCCCAAAGUGUGACAUAAUCUGACGCACAUAAUCUGACGUAAAAUUCCUCUUGACCCAUCAGACCCAUUAACACUGAGACAGGUAACCACUACUUUGGCCCUGUUACUCAGCAUUUUACCAUGGAGGAGUUCCUGAUACCGACAGAAACCGAGCCUGCCGGCUUCUCUCCAGCAGGACCUCCUAAAAGCCCACCGGAGCGACUGAAUGACUUCAUAAAGAGCACAUUCACGGUCAGUGUCAGAGAGUAUGUGAGGGAGUACAUCAAGAGAAAUGGGUUACUGACGCUCUCUAUAAUGGCUGUGAUCACGGGAUGUGUCCUGGGCUUCAUGCUGAGGGGUCUGACCCUCUCCACACAGGCUAAAAUCUAUUUCUCCUUCCCUGGUGAGCUGCUCAUGCGGAUGCUUAAAAUGCUGAUUCUCCCCCUAAUCACCUCCAGUUUAAUGUCUGGACUGUCGUCUAUGGAGUCGAAGGCCUGCUGCAGGAUAGGGGUGCUGACGGUCACCUACUAUCUUUGGACCACGUUCAUAGCUGUAGUGGUUGGGAUUCUUCUUGUUCUGAUCAUUAAACCAGGCUAUGGCACAGACAUGGACAGAAACAGGCUGGCGGUUGGACAGGUCAUAACAUCUGCAGAUGCACUGCUGGAUCUAGUCAGGAAUAUGAUUCCCUCCAACUUGAUGGAAGCCACUUUUCAGCAAUACCAGACAGACCUUAUUCCCAUCAUAAAAACACCAGUUGUCACGGGGCGGCCUAAUUUUGUCUACGUGAUGCCUGAUGACGACCAUCCGAAUGGUCGAAUGGUGCUGUUGGAGCUCACACCACCUCCAGACAUCGAGUACAAGACCCGUCCAGGCAGCAGUCAGCAAAUGAACGUGCUCGGGAUUGUUAUUUUCUCAGCCACCAUGGGUCUAUUACUGGGUAAAAUGGGGGAGCGUGGAGCUCCGCUGGUGAACGUUUGUCAGUGCAUCAAUGAGUGUGUGAUGAAGAUCAUUAAUGCGGCUGUGUGGUAUUUUCCUUUCGGGAUCAUUUUUCUUGUGGCUGGGAAAAUUCUGGAUAUGAAAGAUCCCAGCAUACUUGGGAAGAAGCUGGGCUGGUACGCGGUGACGGUCCUCACAGGCCUGUUUGUGCACGGCCUCAUCUUGCUUCCACUCUUUUACUUUCUUUUGACACGGAAAAACCCUUUUACAUACAUCAGAGGACUUCUGCAGGCCAUGGUUAUUGCCCUAGCCACAUCAUCCAGUUCAGCGACUCUGCCCAUUACAAUGAAAUGUUUGUUGGAGAACUGCCGGGUGGACCGGCAGAUCGCCCGCUUUGUUCUGCCUGUUGGAGCGACCAUUAACAUGGAUGGAACAGCCCUUUAUGAAGCAGUGGCUGCUAUUUUCAUUGCUCAGGUCAAUGAGUACGAGCUGGAUUUUGGACAGCUGGUCACCAUCAGUAUAACAGCAACCGCUGCCAGCAUAGGCGCUGCCGGAAUCCCACAGGCAGGUCUCGUAACCAUGGUGAUAGUGUUGACAUCCGUAGGGCUGCCACCGGAUGACAUCACACUGAUCGUGGCCAUUGAUUGGAUUCUAGAUCGGUUUCGAACUAUGAUCAAUGUACUAGGAGAUGCUCUGGCAGCUGGAAUCAUCGGCCACUUGUGUCAGAAAGACUUUCCUCCUGACAGAGCAGCAAAAGCGAAUGGAGCUUCACAGGACAGCCAGGCAGCUAAUAACAUGGAGAAUGUGCCUUUAACUGAAGUACCACUGCUGUCCAUUAAUAAAGACUGCAUAUUUGAAGUGGUUGGGGACACCGUUUUUGAAAGGCCCACGGUAUAUUACAACAUAUGUCAGGUCUAAGCCAACACAUUGUUGCCUUAAAAAUAUCAGAUCCACUAUUUUUAUUGUGCCAUGAAAAAUGCUGUGAUUUAUAUUUAAUAAUAAUGCAUAUUGGCUGCUUUUUACAGCUGAAUUUUGAGCAGCGUUUCCCUAUUUAAUGGGACAUUGGUCUGUUUAUUGUUUGCUGUUUGUUGCUGGAGGUAUACAGAUGUUAAACAAAUAGUUCACCUGAAAAUAAAAAUAUAUUAACAGUUUAUUACUGCCAAAGUCAGUAUGACUUUGUGCAUGACUUCCACAUUUUUUUAUAAACAUAUCUGCAUGAAUAGGUCCCAACUUAAUGUGUAGCACUACAAAGCGCAUAUGGGUGGGUGAAUGUCUUAUGAAGUAAAACAACAGGUUUGUGGGAGAAUUUUUUUUUGAACUUAUUUAGCAAAAACAAACCUAUAAAUGCAAACAUAAAAAACAAACAAUAGAAAAGUUCACAUCUUGGAUGGCAUGAGAGGAAAUUAUGGGAAUCUUCAUUUUUGGGUGAAUAAUUACCAAAGGUAUUAGUAAUUCAGGUGAACUAUAGUGUACAAAAAUACGUGAGGGAAGAAUUAACAGUUAAAAAUGUUUGUCCAUAAGCCAAUUAUCCACAAUCAUGUAAAUAAUUUGUAAAUAAUG